AUGUCUCAAGGGGCCGUGCUGCGGCGCGCACUUGGAGCGCGCCCGCACUUCAUGCUUGCAUGGCUUGGUGGAAAUGUGGCGCGUCUACAUCAACAGCCAGUGCUCAAUGUGAGGGAAGCGCCGCAAACACAUAUCUUGUCGCUGCGCGAAGGAUGCCAGACGCGCGAUUUGGAGCAGGUGUGGGGCGCAUGGGAAGCACUGCAGUCGGAGAAUGCACUUGGGUGCUUGAAACGGCGCGACGACGCGAAUGUACUGGCACUGGUGCGCGCGAAUCUUGCCCUGGUCGCGCCUCCACGCCGUGAACAUCGCGGCGAUGCGCGCUCGCCCUCAUGGCACGACCGGUGCUUGGCAUGGGGCAUGUACGCUGCGCGCAGCCUAGAUCUUGCAAGUGUGCAGGGCUGGAUGUGCAUUGAGAUCCUGUGCAGAAAUGCUCCAGGCGCUAUUUCCAUUUUUGACGCAUACGUCGCGGCGCGUCGAAACGCAAUGGACCGCGAUGGUAUUUUGUACCUGGACGCGGACCCGCGCCGGCGGCGCCAGGUGCACGACGUACUCACCUUGCUCAUUGUAUCUUAUGCCGAAACGAACGAUUUGCAUUCACUCGUCACCACCAUGUCGUCGUUCGAAGUCGGCACGCACACGGAUCUUUUUUUCGACACGGCAGGUAUGCGGCGCCAGUGGCACAAGUACCUCUGGACGCAAGCAAGUGCGCCACAAACGCUCCUUCCGCGUGCUUUAGAGUUUGCAGCGCAUGCAGAACUAGCGCGCGGGCUUCUGGGCGGCAGUGGCGGCAACGGCGGCCCGAACCGUAUUGCACGACUGCUCGGCAGCGUAUUAGCGCGUGGCGAUAUUGUUUCUUUUUGGCGUCUUUUUCGCGCGGCAAUGCAUGCAGGCGUGCUGCCCGACGACGCUAUUAGCGCGCCAUGGCUUGUGCACCCUGGCGACACGCGCGCCAAUACAUUGCCGAGCUGGACAGAUAGCUGUUGGAGCGUAUGCAUUAGCGGCGUGCUCAGUGCGCGACGCGCGGAUCUUGCUGCGCAAGUAUGGGCAGCUCUCGCAGCGGUGCAGACCCAGUAUCGCGUGCCGCUCUCGGUAUGGAACGCGGUGCUUGAUGGGUACGCCAAUGCGGGCGAGUAUGAUGCAGUGCAAGCGACGUGGCGAGUCAUGACGGAUGGCGCAGACCCCGCCUUGAUUCCCAUGGCUCAUGGAAUUGCACUUGCGGUGAAAUACCCUGGAGAAGUGCCGGACGUGCCUUGCUAUACCACAAUGAUUGCCGCAAGCUUUCGCGCGCGCCAACUGCGCUCUGCACUGGCACUUUUUGACGAGCUGAAGCGCACACACACAGACAUUCCGGUGGAGACGUACAAUGCAAUGGUGCAUGGUCUUUGCAUUGUGCAUCGCAUGCAAGAGGCACAGGCUCUGGUUGCAAGCAUGGGCAGAAAUGGCGUGCCGCAACCGACGAUUGCGACGAUGAAUGCACUUCUCCGUGCACAAGCGCGCAUUCGCGAUACAGGCGCCAUGGCCGAAACGCUGCGUCGCAUCGCUGCAUUGCAGCUGUGCCCCGACGUGAUUACAUUUACCACGAUCCUCGACGCACUUUUGCGUGUCGCAGAUACGCCGCAGCGUGCUGAAGAUGCGGUGCAACAGGUUAUGCAGAUCAUGGGCUCGCUUCAUGUGCAGCCAAACUCGGUCACAUUUACAGCCAUGAUCAAGGCGUGCUUGUUUGUACGCAAGAGCGACGAUGUGCCACGGUUGCACGUAGCGCUGCAGCUGCUGCAUACAAUGUGCACGACGCGGUAUAGGCCGAAUGCGGUGACAUAUGCGGCCAUGAUUGGAGGUGUGUUACAGCAUGGCGAGCAUGUACGGCGCGCCGCGAUAGAGGACAAGAUCCCCGCGCUGUUUUUACGUGCGCCUCGUACUCUUAGCGCCGAGGUACCGCUGGAUGGACCUGGAGGGGAAAUGCGCCUUGCGCUUGUAUUUUGGGAGCAGAUGCGCGCGGCGCAAAUCACUCCGCCCCCCAGUCUGUACCACACGAUGCUGCAGGCAUUGCUCGCUGCGCAGGCGCCACUUUUCACUGCAGGCGUUGCGCUUGCGGACCAGUUGCUUCAUGCAAACGGCGCACUACUCCGCUUGAUUGCGCCCGGCGCAGCACAGGAUUCUAGCGCUGCGCCGCCUUCUGUGGAGAGCUGGCGCGUGGUGCUCGAUACGCUUCUGCGUUCCUAUGACACUGCAAAUGCGCCACAAGAAUCAAUCCUGGCCGUGCUGCGUGCUGCUGUAGCCUACUACGGUACGGUAGAGCAUUCAUUAGGCCCAUCCAAGCCCGGCCUUGCGCGUGCAGUAACAUCUGCGCGCGAGCUCGUGCUGCAUACAUCAUAG